AAGAAAAAGAAAAAUGAGAAAAUCACUUGCUCAGAACCCUCACACACUCUCCCCCAAACUCAUCUAUAAUUGGUUAGUUGGAGUCCCCAAAGAAAGGUAGCUGGAUAGAUAGAUACAGGGGACCCCUUUUCUCUCCACCUUGCAAUGCACCCACAAACACACCCCAUCAAUUCUUCUUCUACCACUUAACCUAAAUCUCUCUCUAUCUCUCUCAGAGACACAAAACACAAGGCCUCAUUUUCAGUGCUUGAGUUGGGGGUUGCUUGUGCACACUAAGCAUGCCAAUGACACCAACAAGAAGUCAGUACUCAAAGAGAGAAGCUAACAGAGGAGCAUGGACUUCAGAAGAAGACCAAAAGCUAGCUCAAGUAAUAGAAACCAAUGGUCCUAGGAGGUGGAAGCUAGUUGCAGCUAAAGCAGGCCUCAAUAGAUGUGGGAAGAGUUGCAGACUAAGAUGGCUGAAUUAUCUGAGACCCAAUAUCAAGAGAGGCAAUAUCUCAGACCAAGAAGAGGACUUGAUUCUCAGGCUUCACAAACUCCUAGGAAACAGGUGGUCCUUAAUAGCUGGAAGGCUACCGGGUCGGACCGAUAAUGAGAUCAAGAACUACUGGAACUCUCAUUUGAGCAAAAAGAUAAAGCAGAAGGAGAACCAAAGCAAAUCCCCCGUGCAAGAUCAGUCCCAGGACCAGACAAAUAGUGCGGCGGCGAUGCAUAGCAUGGUGGGCAACGAUGGAGAGACAUCAAAGAGAGACAAAGAGAUGAAAACCGACUUCUCUAGGGAUGAAUUCCUUGAUAGCUUGAAUGAGGGUCCUUUGAACUUGGAGUGGAUGAGCAGAUUCUUGGAAAUGGACGAGAGUUGGUUUUCAUUUACUUAAUCAGGAGAUUUUCUUCUUUUCCUGAUUUAUGAUAAGCAAUGAUGGGGAAGUCCGGCAUUUAGAUUCUACCAACCCAUAAUGGAAUAGUAUAUUCCAGGCAGGGAAUUAUAGAAUAUGCAGUAAUUUAUGGGGAAAUUGCCAAGAAUGUCAAUUUUUUGCUGA